AUGGCUCGGAGAUGGGCACGGCGCAUCGAGCGCUAUUGCUGCGGCGCCCUCACCUACUUUCCCCUCGCCUUCGUCUAUAGUAUCACCACAUGGGCCGUAUGGGUUGUCGUUAAUAUCGGCUCUAGUGCCAUGUCAAAACCUGGUUGGAUAGGAACUAAAACCUCUAUCGGCGGCGUCUUUCUCUACUUAAUGCUUAAUUGGUGCUACACCACCGCCGUCUUCACGAACCCUGGUAGCACCACCAACGAGUCCGGUUAUUCUACCCUGCCUACCGCCGCCCCACCGCAAGCUACCUCUUUUACCGUCAAGUCCAACGGCGAGUUGCGUUUCUGUAAGAAAUGCCAGGCCCGAAAACCCGAUCGUGCGCAUCACUGCUCGACCUGCCGCCGCUGCGUCCUCAAGAUGGACCAUCACUGCCCCUGGCUGGCUACCUGCAUCGGCCUACGCAACCAUAAGGCCUUCCUCCUAUUCCUUAUAUAUGCCACUAUAUUCUGUUUUUACAGCUUCGCCGUUUCCGGGACCUGGGUAUACGCCGAGCUGUUCGCCCAAACUCAAUAUACUAAUACCCUUAUGCCCGUCAACUUCAUCAUGUUAGCCGUUAUCUCUGGCAUUAUUGGUCUCGUCGUCGGCGCCUUCACCGGCUGGCACAUAUUACUUGCAAGUCGCAACCAGACAACCAUCGAGUGUUUAGAGAAGACUCGCUAUCUAAGCCCGCUACGAAAGACGCUGCAGCACCAGUAUGAGGCGCAACACAACGGUGAAGGCAUCCCGUUACCGAGAUACGGCCAACAAUUACUGGAUAUCCAUGCGAACGCACUGCCUGGCGUCACCAGGCCGGAGGAGGGCGAAGUGAGAACGACUAGAGACGAUAUUCCGCCGCGGCAGGUCUCAUACCAGGAGCUAGAACAGUAUCGCGCAAGGAAGCGGUAUGAAGAAUAUAUGGACGAGCAAGACUCGGAGAAGUUGCCAAACGCCUUUGACCUCGGUGCCAAGCGAAAUUUGUUACACUUAUUCGGUCCCAAACCCAUGCUUUGGUUUUUCCCGGUUAUCAACACGACAGGCAACGGCUGGACCUGGGAAGCGAAUCCCAAAUGGAUAGCAGCACGGGAGCGGAUGGCUCGAGAGCGCGAGCAACAGCGACAGCGGGAAAGGGCUGCUGGAUGGGGCGAACCUGACCCGGGAUUUGUCCCGAUCACGGUUGAGCGGGCUAACGCAGGUGCCGGGAGACACUACCAGGCAUCAUUACCGCCACAACCCCCGCAAUACCAAAAUCAACGCAGCAGCCGACGUGUCCCGUCUAAAGCGGAUCGCGUGCUAGGUCGCGAUCCAAGCCUAUACGUAGAUGAGCCGCCGAAUUCGGUAUCGAUGCGGACGUUAAAUCGACAGGGUAUGGCAAUCGAAGAUGAGUUCGAUGAGGAGAGCAGUAGCGAUGAAAAUGAUUGGAAGGAUAGGGGAGAGGAGGAAGAUCCGGAGAGUAAGGCGAUGAACGUGGUUACGAAUGGCGGAUGGGCGCGAAGUGGUGCCAGUGGAUUAUUAAGGAAGCCGAGCACAGGAGUAAAGAGUGCGAGUAGUGGGAGUGUAUCACCGACGAAGGGGACUACCAAACGGCAAAGUAGUGAUGAGGAUGAGGUUGAUUAA